GAAUAAACAGCCGUAAGUUUCCUGCGGACAUUUGCUAACUUUGUUCCAAGAAGCAAAACCAUAUAAACACAUGUGACUUAGACACUUUUAACCCAUUUGAAAGUUGCUCAUGACGAUCAUCACCAAGGCUUCCAUCCUCUGCCUCCUCGCCGCUACUGUCGUCUCCCCCUCCAUCGGAGGUGACACCUUAACUCCUGGCCGACCCCUGGCAGACGGUGGAGGAACCCUGAUUUCCGCUGGUGGUAGGUUCGAGUUAGGCUUCUUUAGUCCCGGUGCCUCCAACAACCGCUACAUCGGCAUAUGGUACCACGACAUAGCCCAAACAGUGGUGUGGGUCGCCAACCGCAAGCGCCCGGUCACCGGUCGGCCCGGAACCCUGUUCAUAGCCACCAACGGAACACUCAUCAUCACCGACGACAACUCGACCGCCAUCUGGUCCUCGAGUUCACCUCCCCUUGCCAACCCUGUCGCUCAGCUCCUAGACGAUGGCAACUUCGUCGUCCGAGAGGCUGGCAGCGAUAGUGAAGACCCGAAUAGCUUCGCAUGGCAGAGCUUCGACUUCCCCACCGACACGCACCUCCCGGGCAUGAAACUCGGGUGGAACUUGACCAGCCAUCUCAACCGAAACCUCACGUCGUGGACGAGCGCCAGCGAUCCGGCACCCGGAAACUACACCGCGGCCAUCGACUUGCACGGCUACCCCCAGUUAUUUAUAUUUUCCGGGACGCGCAAGUACUGGCGCGGGGGGUCAUGGAACGGGAUUGUAUUCAGUAGCGUCCCGGAGGCGAUCUACGCCUCCAACAGGUUCAACAUUGUGUUCAUCAUCGACGCCCAGGAGGUGAUGUACACGAACUACUUGCGCAACGCUUCGAUGAUCUCAAGAUUGGUCAUGAAUCAGUCAGGCAAACUGCAGCGGUUUGUGUGGAUAGAGGAGAGAAGUUCAUGGAAUCUAUUCUGGUUCAGGCCCAAGGACCAGUGCGACAGCAUGUCGCCGUGCGGCCCCAACGGCGUCUGCUACCCCAGCGACUGGCCGAUGUGCCACUGUCUCAAGGGCUUUCGGCCCAAGGAUCCUUCGAAUUGGGAUCUGAGGGAUGGGUCGGACGGCUGCGUCAGAAAGACGGCAUUGGACUGCCGCAACGGGACCGAUGGGUUUGUCACGCUCAACGGUGCGAUGAUUCCGGACACAUCGAGUUCGGUGGUGGACUGGAGCCUGAGCCUGGAGCAAUGCAGGGCUCGGUGCUUGAGGAAUUGCUCGUGCACAGCCUAUGCCAGUGCAAACAUCAGCGGGAGCGAGAGUGGCUGCAUCAUGUGGACCACUGAUCUCACCGAUCUUGGGGUGGUUUCCAGUGGCUCAGGACAGGAUCUCUACGUCAGGCUAGCGGCCGCCGAUUUAGGUUCGGAAUCAGGGGAUUCUCGUAGGAGCCGUGUGGUUGUGAUCAGUGUGGUCAUUGCGAUGACAAUUCUAGUUCUAGGAUGUGCUGCCUGCUGCGUCUGGAAAAGGAAGAAGAGGAGAAAAUUUUGCUUGGCAGAAGGCCAUAAUGAAGGAACAGGGCAGGAUUUGGACCUACCAUUAUUUGAUUUAGCAGCAAUUAUCAAUGCCACCGAUGACUUCUCAAUACACAACAAACUCGGCGAAGGUGGAUACGGUCCGGUGUACAAGGGCAAGAUGGGCGGGGAGCAAGAUAUAGCUGUGAAGAGGUUAUCGAAGACAUCGAUGCAGGGACUGGAGGAGUUCAAAAAUGAGGUAAUGCUGACUGCAAAGCUGCAGCACCGAAACCUUGUUCGGCUUCUUGGAUGCUGCAUUCAAGCAGGGGAACGGAUGCUGAUCUACGAGUAUAUGCCCAACCGAAGCUUGGAUGCCUUCCUGUUUGAUAAAUCUGAAGAUAUAUCGCUGGAUUGGCAAACACGACGCAACAUUAUAGUGGGGAUUGCUCGAGGCCUUCUUUAUCUCCAUCAAGAUUCUAGGUUUAGAAUCAUUCAUAGGGAUCUCAAAGCUAGUAACAUUCUUCUUGACAAGGAUAUGAACCCCAAAAUAUCAGAUUUUGGCAUGGCAAGGGUUUUCGGAGGGGAUGAAACAGAAGCGAAUACGCGAAGAGUGGUGGGAACAUACGGAUACAUGUCCCCUGAGUACGCUAUGGAUGGAAUCUUCUCGGUUAAAUCGGAUGUAUUCAGUUUUGGUGUUUUGCUACUUGAAAUCGUUAGCGGUAAAAAGAACAGGGGGGUGAUUUAUCACUCUGCGAGUCACCUGAAUCUUCUAGGAUAUAUAUGGAGCCUAUGGAAAGAAGGGAAAGGCUCGGAAUUAGUUGAUGGAUCGAUUGGCCAUUCGUGUUCCCUGGCUGAGGUCUUGAGGUGCAUAACGGUGGGGCUUCUGUGUGUUCAAGAACGACCCGAAGACAGGCCGACGAUGUCGUCGGUGGUGAUAAUGUUGAACAGUGACGGUGAGCUACCACAACCUCGACAACCGGGUUUUGUUGUUGCCAGAGCCCCACCCGAAACUGGUUCAUCAACGACCAAUCACGACUCCUCGUCAACCAGAAACAGCUUGUCGGUCACACUGUUGGAAGGUCGAUAGUGAAUUAAACAAGUGCAGCGGUAAGUUUUAUUAUUGGCUUCUGAAGGGUGGUGGAGUACUGAAACAUUUGGAAUGUCCCACCCUCUAACACCGGUCUCGUCCUUCUUUUUAUAUCCCAAGCGCGCAGUCGAGCAUGCACAUUCAUCAGAGAUGGCCGACACAUACGCGGGGGGGGGGGGGGGGGGGGGGCUUAAUCCUCCUACUACUGGCCCUCAGAACGCCUGCUAACGGAGUCCAGCAACAAUGUGGCUUGCCCGGAGUCAUGCUGAGCUUCAGGAAUAGUGGUGUUGUGUACAGAGGCAUCGUUGUCGUAGCAGGCAAGCCUUUUAGUCGAGCGACACGUGUCUAAUAUUCUUUGGCUCUAAAGCCUCAUCUCAUACCUUUUGUUUUUUGAACUCUUCUUUUUAGCUUUACACGCUUCUUUAGUCGUUUUUCAUUUUUUGACGCA